CAUCCGGGUGCUGGAGGAACAGCUCAGGUCUCUGGGGGAGCAGAUGGCGGCCGAGAGCUGGGGCUUGAGCAGGAAGAAGGAGGAGGCCGUGCAGGCGCUGGCCCAGGAGCGCAGCCGGCUGUUGGGGCUCAGCUGCCUUGGGGGACCAUGUGGGGAGGACUUUCCUGAGCCUGAGCAAGCGCUCACCAAGCUUCUGUUCACACAGAAGACAGACCGCCAGCUGCUGCUGCUGCAGGACCCCAGUGCGCACGCGUCCGCCAGCUCCACGUCCUCCUGCCUGUUCUCCGUGCACAGCUCUCUGCAGGGGUCCAUUGGUCUCCAGAGGACCGGAAGCCUGCCUCGGAGGAGGGGGGACAGGGCCGGCCAGCGGGGGGCCCCCAGACCGCUGUCCCUCCAUUGUACAGGAGCCCUGGAGCCCUCUGCUCUUGCACAAGCCACGGGGACCCCUGGGAGACACCCCCUCUAUCAGCUGCUCAACUGUGGCGCUGGGAACAGGCCACUUCACCCCGACCUCGCCCGCAUGGAGCGACUCUUGCAGCAGGCGGUGGCAGAGCGGGAGCGGCUGCUCAAGGCCAGGGAAGGGAUGAGAAGAAGCCCAGAAAGUUCCGAAGUUCCGGCCGUCAUGGCCCCGGCCCCGAGUCCCCCGGGCCCGCGCGUCCUGGACCUCCCGCAGCACCUGGAGCGCUGGGGCCACAGCCCCGAGAGCUGCCCGCACCUGCGCGUGUCGGGGGGCUGCUGCCGCGGGCCGCUGGUGAAGAUGGGCGGCCGCAUCAAGACCUGGCGGAAGCGCUGGUUCUGCUUCGACCGCCAGGCGCGCCGGCUGGCCUACUACGCGGACAAGGAAGAGACCAAGCUCAAAGGCGUCAUCUACUUCCAGGCCAUCGAGGAGGUGUAUCUCGACCAUCUACGCUGUGCCUUCAAGAGCCCCAACCCCCGCCUGACCUUCUGCGUCAAGACCUACGAGCGCCUCUUCUACAUGGUGGCCCCCAGCCCGGAGGCCAUGCGCAUUUGGAUUGACGUCAUCGUGACGGCUGCGGACGAAAACCACGCCCCCUGAGCGGCCCGCGCUCGGGAGCCCCGCCCCCGCGCGCUUCCGGCUGCCGGAGCCCCCGCCCCUCAGCGCGCGGUGUGCUCUCGGCCACGCCCCCCCGUGAUGUGCUCUCGGCCCCGCCCCUCCGCGUUGUGCUCUCGGCCCCGCCCCCCGUGUUGUGCUCUCGGCCCCGCCCUCCGGCUGAGCCGCGGCGCCGGGGCUGCGGGGCUUCCGGCGGCGCGGUCGCCCGGUCCCGAGGCCGGCUUGGGGCAGGAGGGGAGGCGCGGCGGCGGGAACUAUUUAUUGGGGCUUCUCUGGGACCGAAUGAACGACGGGAAAGCGGCGUUGCCGCGUGCGUCCCCGCGCUGCCGUCGGGGGUUCCUGGCGGUGGAGCCCCGCGGCGUGCGGGGAUGGAGCAGGGGGCGGCCUCGGCCCGUCAGCCCGCAGACGGCACCGCUCAAACGUCCCCUCCCGCCCUGGGGUCCCCUAGGACGGGGCGGGGGCCGCCCGGGAACCGUCCCCGCUGCCCUGGCCGAGUCUGCCGGUCUGCUUCCCCUUCCCCGCUGCUCGCCCCCCGGGGCCCUCCCGGCAGCAGCUCUGCCUCCCGGCAGGCGUCUCCGCGGCGUGUGGCGAACGCCUCGCCGAACGGUUCAGCGCUUGAAUCCGUCGUGAGCAAGGGGACAGCUGUGAACCGCCUCGCGGUGGGGACUCGCGGGCCGCGUGCGGGCCUCCCGGAGCUGCGCCAUGGGCGGCCGUGGGAGCACGCACCCAGCUCGAGGCCCAGCUCCCAACUCACUUCGGGAGUGUGUUUGGAAGUCCAGGGUGGGGAGCAGUGGAGUGUAAUGGACAGGGUUGCACGUGGGUCCCCCUUCCCUGACGGCUCGGAAAGCCUUUCCCAAGGGGAGUGGACCUGAGUUUCACAGCCUGUGCGGCCUGAGAGGACCAGAGACCCAUCCCAGCCAGUCGACCAAAUAAAUAUGCAAGCCAACCAAACAAGCCUGAAACAAGCCAGGGCCAGGCUCAGGUCAGCAGCCCAAACCCAGGCAGGCCUGAGCAGGGGCCGACUCCCUCCCGAUGCUCGCUGCUCGCUCUUCUGGUCUGACCUGUUGGGGUUGCUCCCCUGAAACUCUCCCACGCUCCCGGGGCCUGCGGGGCCUCCUGAGCCUGAAGCACAGCAGUAUCACUGUCUGCCGAGCCUGGCGCUCCGGAGGCUUCAGCCCUAGCUGACAAGGGACGGGAUGAAACCCAGAGAGGGAGGUUGAGUUAUCUGGAGCCUGGCAGCAGGAUUAAAAUGUCAGUCUGUCCAGUUCCAGGCCA